UUCCACAGAAAUCUCCAAAGAAGAAUGGCAACUGGAAAUCACUCCACAGAAGCCAUUUUUGUCUUAGUGGGAUUAACACAGAAGCUAGAGCUCCAGCUGCCCCUCUUCCUCCUAUUCCUAGGAGUCUAUGUGGUGACAGUGGUGGGGAACCUGGGCAUGAUCUUCCUGAUCACCGUCAGCCCACUGCUUCACACUCCCAUGUACUAUUUCCUCAGCAGCUUAUCCUUUAUUGAUUUAUGCUAUUCUUCUGUCAUUACCCUCAAAAUGCUGCUGAACUUCCUAGGGAAGGAGAAUAUAGUCCUUUAUUCUGAGUGUAUGGCCCAUCUCUUCUUCUUUGUGGUCUUUGUGGUGGCUGAGGGUUACCUCCUGACUGCCAUGGCCUAUGAUCGCUAUGUUGCCAUCUGUGGUCCACUGCUUUAUAAGGUGAUCAUGUUCUCUUGGCUCUGCCCACUGCCAGUGCUGGUCUCCUUCAUCCUGGGUAUUCUGUCUGCUGUGGCCCAUACAAGUGUCAUGAUGAAAUUGAGGUUCUGCAAAUCCCACAUCAUCAGUCAUUAUUCCUGUGAUGUUCUUCCCCUCCUCAAUCUUUCCUGUUCCAGCACACAUCUCAGUGUGCUUCAAGUUUUUGUCAUUGGAGGACUCAACACCUUGGAGCCCACUGUAGCUGUGGCUGUUGCCUAUGCCUUCAUCUUCUGCAGCAUCUUUAGAAUUUGAUCCUCAGAGGGCUGGUCCAAACCUUUUGGAACUUGCAGCUCUCAUCUCAUGGCUGUGGAGCUAUUCUUUGUUUCUAUCACUUUCAUGUAUUUCAAACCUCCUUCUAAUAACUCCCUGAACCAGGAAAAAGUGUCCUCUGUUUUCUAUACCAUAGUGAUCCCCAUGCUGAACCCAUUAAUAUACAGUCUGAGGAACAAGGAUGUAAAGAAAGCACUGAUGACAGUUUGGGUGGGAAGAUAA